AUGAUUACAACAUUGCUCACGUUCGGACUGUCUUUACUCGCAACGACAGGGGCUGGGCCGCUCUCCGCGCAGAUGCCGUGGUCGAUGGCUAGUACUACGGACGUUAAAGUCCCUGUUACCCUCGGCGUCAUGUCAAGAUGCCCCGAUGCUUUACUAUGUGAAUCAGUGUUCAAUAAAGUGCUUCCGAAAGUGGAGGGCAAGAUCGACCUCGCCCUCACUUACGUCGGCCGAUCCAACGAGUCUGAACCCACCUUUGGGGUGACAUGCAAGCACGGCCCGACGGAGUGCGCGGGCAACGUGCAACAGCUAUGCGUGGCAAAGUAUCGGCCACUCAAGACCUGGUGGUCGUUUCUCCAGUGCCAGAACUACCAAGGCAAGGAUAAGGUCGGCAACGCCGAUGUGGCCCUCAAGUGUGCGCGUACGUCUGGCAUUGAUUGGGAGACGAGCGACGUGGGGCAAUGCGCAGGCUUGGACGGGAGCGGGACAGGCGAGGAGGGGAUCGCGUUACUCAAGGAAAGCGUGGAGGUCACAGAGUCCUUGGGUAUUGUAAAUAGCUGCACAGUUCUCAUCAACGGGGAACACGUCUGCGUCCGCGACGGCGAAUGGCGGGAAUGCGAGAACGGUCAUUCCCCGCAGGACUUCGUGCGUCAGAUCGAGGCCGCAUACCGCGAGCUGAACUCGGGCUUUACCAUGAUUUGA